AUGUAUGUAAUUCACUCUUUAUCGAAGGGGAGAAGGCGAGGCUGGCGGCGAAUUCUUGAAGGUGAGCCAGUGACUGCCGAAGUUUCAUCGUUUUCACGAGUUGCAGGAAGAAAUGAAGAAAGGAAUCCACCCUCAGAUGCAAUGGAUCUCAUAUGUAACCCAAAGUGGGCGAUUGAUGCAUGUUAUGAUGACCAAAAUACACCAAGCUGGAAAAGUUUAUCACUUCAGAGCAAGACGCCAGAUGGCUGA